UCGCCAGUGGCCGGUUUGAAUGAGACUCGUCGCACCCGAGCCGCCACCACCGUGCUUCCACCUCGGCCGCCUCCACAAGCUUCUUCUGGUCCCUUUCCCUGCGCGGUCUUUGCCAGGACCAGCCUUCCUACGCCGCCACCUCCCUGCGCACCCCCGCCAUGCCGCUGUACUCCGUUACUGUAAAAUGGGGAAAGGAGAAAUUUGAAGGUGUAGAAUUGAAUACUGAUGAACCUCCAAUGGUGUUCAAGGCUCAGCUUUUUGCACUGACUGGAGUCCAGCCAGCCAGACAGAAAGUUAUGGUGAAAGGAGGAACCUUGAAGGAUGAUGAUUGGGGAAACAUCAAAAUAAAAAAUGGAAUUACUCUACUAAUGAUGGGGUCAGCAGAUGCUCUUCCGGAGGAACCCUCAUCUAAAACUGUCUUCGUAGAAGACAUGACAGAAGAGCAGUUAGCAUCUGCUAUGGAAUUACCAUGUGGGUUGACAAAUCUUGGUAACACUUGUUACAUGAAUGCUACAGUUCAAUGUAUUCGAUCUGUGCCUGAACUCAAAGAUGCCCUUAAAAGGUAUGCAGGUGCCUUGAGAGCUUCAGGGGAAAUGGCUUCAGCACAGUAUAUUACUGCAGCCCUUAGAGAUUUGUUUGAUUCCAUGGAUAAAACUUCUUCUAGUAUUCCACCUAUUAUUCUACUGCAGUUUUUGCACAUGGCUUUCCCACAGUUUGCGGAGAAGGGUGAACAAGGACAAUAUCUUCAACAGGAUGCUAAUGAAUGUUGGAUACAAAUGAUGCGAGUAUUACAACAAAAAUUGGAAGCCAUAGAUGAUGAUUCUGUUAAAGAGUCAGAUUCUUCAUCUGCAUCAGCAGUGACACCUUCUAAAAAGAAAAGUUUAAUUGAUCAGUUCUUCGGUGUUGAAUUUGAAACAACCAUGAAAUGUACAGAAUCUGACGAAGAAGAAGUUACCAAAGGAAAGGAAAAUCAACUUCAGCUUAGCUGUUUUAUCAAUCAGGAAGUCAAGUAUCUUUUUACAGGACUUAAAUUGCGACUUCAGGAAGAAAUCACCAAACAGUCUCCGACAUUGCAAAGAAAUGCUUUAUAUAUCAAAUCUUCCAAGAUCAGCCGGCUACCUGCUUACUUAACUAUUCAGAUGGUUCGAUUUUUUUAUAAAGAGAAGGAAUCUGUGAAUGCCAAAGUUCUUAAGGAUGUUAAAUUUCCUCUUAUGUUGGAUGUAUAUGAACUGUGUACACCAGAACUUCAAGAGAAAAUGAUCUCUUUUCGAUCAAAAUUCAAGGAUCUAGAAGAUAAAAAAGUGAAUCAACAGCCAAAUACAGGUGACAAGAAGAGUAGUCCUCAUAAAGAAGUUAAGUAUGAACCCUUUUCAUUUGCAGAUGAUAUUGGCUCCAAUAAUUGUGGAUACUAUGACUUACAAGCAGUGCUAACGCACCAGGGAAGGUCUAGUUCUUCAGGUCAUUAUGUGUCAUGGGUGAAAAGGAAACAAGAUGAAUGGAUUAAAUUUGAUGAUGAUAAAGUCAGCAUUGUAACACCAGAAGAUAUCUUGCGGCUUUCUGGUGGUGGAGACUGGCAUAUUGCUUAUGUUUUACUCUACGGGCCUCGCAGAGUUGAAAUAAUGGAAGAGGAAAGUGAACAGUAAUCUUCAGUUUAGCUAUUUAUGCCUAGGUGUGAAAUAAAUGUUUUUUGUUGAUCAUUUCUAUAAUCCAGAGCUUUAGAGGAAGACAUUUAGGUGGUUUUAUCUGUUCCCCCUUCAUGUGGAACGAGAGAGGGCAGAAACAGACCACUUGUGCAUCAACCUAAAAUUACAGAAAAGAAAAUUACCCUUGGAUUGUGCUGCCCUGUGUAAAGGUGGCUGGAAGACAUUCUUUAAAAGUUAUUUCUUGCAUUAAUUAAAAAAAAAUUCUUAGUUGAAAUGCCUUUCACCCAUUACCUCCUGCAGUUUUUCUUCUUGCUCUCUCAGCCCAAGAUUGAACAAUUUAUUGCACACCCGUUACCAAUUCUUUGUUGUUCUUGCAUGGUUCAUAUCGCCUUUCAGUAGCUGCCCAUCCUUUGCCUUAUCUAACAAACAUUUUUCCAGGAAGGUGGAAAAGGAAGUGUUGCUCUCAUUGUGUAACUCAGUGCUGCUGUCCACAUCCCAUGAAAACAUGGGUGCAAUCAAGUAUUUGUCCAGCCUGACUGUUGCUGGCUUUUCAUAACUUUAAAAUAAAUUGUGAUCAAUAAUAGUA